GACGAAGCGGGAGGGAGGGAGGGAGGGAGGUAGGGGUCGGGAGGGCACUUUGGCUCGUUCCAUGCGAUGAGUAAUUUUCGAGGUGGUGGUGGUGGUUGGUUCCCGAAACUGUGAACUUGAACUGUCACGAAAUCGAAGACUUGCGUGCGGGCUCCAAUUCUGCCGAUCAGGACAGGUUUCGUCACUUGGAUCCGAUCCGCGAGGAGGUUUCUCUGAUGCUUUGGGUGGAUUGGCGACUGUGAAUUGCUGAUGGCAUAGGCAGAAGAGUUUGGAGGUUGAGUGCCAUAUUGUUUGCGGAGUCGAUGAGAUGGGAGCAGCUGUGACUAUGAAUAGUUGUAUUGCUUCGAGAACGGAGCGCCAGUGGAUGGAGAAGGUAGUGCCGAACAGAAUCGCACGAACAGGAUUUCUUCUCUGUGUUCUGCUGCCGCUCAUAACGCUUUUGUUAGCUUCAGGCGUAGGAGCAGAUGGCAAUGUUACGGUGGAGUCGAUUAUUCUCUUCAAAACACAUGAAUGGUUUGGACGGAAGCCAACAGUGUACUUUCAAUGUCUGGAAGAGCAGAAAGUGUAUCUACCAGAUGUUGUUGAAAAAAACGCCCAGUACUCUUUUUUGGGUCAAGAAUCAUGGCAGCCUCUGACAACGCUCUAUGGAGCUAAGUGCAAGCGAUGUGGAAUUUACGAGGAAGAUACUGUGAAGGCAGAUGAUACCUUCUUCGAGUGGGAAUUGUGCCCUAAGGCGUUUACCUCUCCAGACGGUCGAUAUGAAGUCAUUCAGGAGAAUGAGUUCAACGCAACAUUUAUAUGCAAGGAUUGCAUUCCACAGAGGUGGAGCAAGAGAUGUGCGAGAUGGCAUAAUUCAAUGCAGAUUAUGGAGUUUGAACUGAGACAGCAACUGCCCAUAUCUGUACCCGCUUUCCCUGCUCCAGUAUCUGGUACAGAUGGGCAAGCUGUCAAAACAGAGAGCGAGGAAGACGAGGAGAAAGAUGAGAAAGGAGCAGGGCUCGCUUUUCUGAUCAUUGUUCUUGUGUUCGUUGUUCUAGUUGGACUUGGAGUAGUCGCCUACACCAAAUGGCGGCAAAAGCAAAGAGCUGAGCAGCAAGCAAACUUCAUCAAAUUGUUCGAAGAUAAAGAUGAUGAUCUUGACGAAUUAUAUCACGACCAUCUGUGAUAUAUCUCUUCCCGUUCUAAACUUGGUAAAUCCACCCGUGAUGAGGUUUAGUAUCAAGGUUUCUAACAUGAAUCAGAUACAAGAAAAUGAGUUUUGCUUUCGAAGACAUGAAUUUCGGGUUGGAAGUGUUAGUGGGAUCGCCUGAUGUGUCCGUGGGAUCAUGUCAAGUGGUGAAUACUUGUACAGAAGUGCUGUUCAGAUCCAUAGAAUCACUCUCUAACGCUAUAACUUUGUUCCUGCCUCUUACCGCCUAUGGUAAGCCGUUUUUGAGCUAUUGUUGCAGCUAUUACACUUUCAUUGUAAGAUAUAUUUCGUCACAGGCUUCGUCUGUUGAGAAUGCACACUUCCCGACUGAGUGUUUGAAAUUGGAAUGUCGAUAGAGUCGAAGCACAAUACACGGAUAUCAUGGUCGAAGUAAUCACUCAGCAUAUUAGAGAUUUGAGUUGUUUAUUACAUCUUGGAAAUUGGUUUUUCAGAGAGUCACCGUAGGCGGUGACUCGCUGAAGGGGUCCAUAAAUUUGUUGGUUGUGAGUUACGUCAGUACUCGUCCCUCAUGAUCCACCAUGAAUUUCAAUUGUUAUAAAAAUACCAUGUG